AUGGGAAUUUCGGGCCUGGAUCGUGAACUAUGGUCUAUUAAAGGCUGUGUGGUUAAUGUUUCUAUUAAAGAACUAGUGGAAAAAUAUGGAAAAAAUGUAAUUGUUGUGGACGGAUUUAAUUUCUAUGGACUGUAUCUGUAUCCAAAAUUUGAUUGGGUUUGUGGCGCAUUUAGAGAUCUUGUUCAAGAAAUUCGUUUUUUUGUUGAAUCAUUCGAGCGCAUCGGCAUAAAACUCGUUUUCUUCUUUGUGGAGGGCAAUUUGGACGAAGGGAGUGAUAGUUGUGGAAGUCCAUCCUGGAAAGAUCGGCGUUCUGAGCACAUUAAAUAUUCGCAGAUGGUCUUUACAAAAAUACCGAAAUGGAACUACCAUCAACACGAUGUGAAGAAAAAUCGUGCAUAUUACCAUACGCCUUUAAACGCAUUACCUGUGGUAUUGUUUGCCCUUCGACAUUUAUUCAAAUGCGAAGUACAUUUUGUUUAUGCUGGCGAUCGCAAUGAUGCAGUUGCAUACUACUCUGGAAACAACAAUUGUCUAGCGGUACUUGGCCAAGACAACUAUUACAUUUUCUACCGUAUGGUUCCUCGAUAUUUAUCUAUUAAACAGUUAAAUUUGAUAAAAAUGACAACGGUUCAAUAUUGUCCAGCGGUUUUCGCACGACACCGGGAUUUGGUGGGUCAUUUGUAUCCAAUAUUCUUAAAAGAUGGAUCUCCAAAUUAUGAUCAAACUGACAUAUUAUUUAAAAUAGAAGCAAAAUUGGAUGAAAGUGAGAGUGUAGAUGUGGCCAGAAAAAAAAUUCAUGACUACUUACAUGGAAAAGAAUUGAAAGAAGUGUUGGACGUGGGGGAUCUAAACAUUGAAAAUGCAAGAAGUCAUCUACAUCAAUUUAUACUUAAUGUGCUUAGAUAUAAAUUGGGCUUCGAUUAUCCUGUUGUAUGUGGCCCUCUAAAAAAAUGGGAUCUUAUUAAAUUGCGAUCUCAGGAACUUUAUGCUUCUGGUGAGAUAAGCAGGUGUAUAGAACGUAUUUUAAUGGAAAAAAAAUAUUUCAAUGAUUGCAUUCUUGAAGACUUUACCGAACUACCACCAAGCAGUGAAGUGUACCAGUGUUUGAGGAAUGAACUAUAUAAUGUCCUUCUCUCUGAAGAGCCUAAUCCGGAAGAUGAGUCUGAUGAUAGUAAUUCAGAUGACCCUGAGACACCUGAUGGUUUGAAGAUUAUUAAAUGGAACAAGCGUAUUCCAUCUGAUGGUGUGUUAGGUCAGCCAGGACCUGCUGGUGUAUGGGAAAGAAAAUUAUUCUGUGUCACUGGACAUAGUGAGCUUCAUAAGUUUAAACUUAUUCAGGAUUGGUAUAUGAACCAAAUGGCUUGUCCAAGCUGUGAAUUGGUUAAUGUGAAGAUUACAUUGCACACAAACUUGUUGCAGCUGUGGUGCAAGAAUAACAUAACAUCAAAUAUUACUGAAAAAAAGUGGCAGUUGUUUCAGAGUUGCAUUUCUGAUAAUUUACAGUGGCAGACUCUUAGUCUUCUUCCACCCACAUUAGUUGUGCCUACUGUUGUCUUGUACUAUUUAUUUAAUGUAGUACCUCUAAGGUUUAAAACAAAACCUUGGAAUUUCUUAAAAAUGUGGGAAGUGGAAGUGUUUAUAGCACAGGCAGUGAUGUUAUCAAAGAUUGAUGCAGAUUCAUUAUCCAGAAUCAACAUUGAGAAAUUAAAUCGGAGAGUGGUUAACUUAAUUGCAUUCUUUGUAUAUGGCUGCCAUCAUGUGCGUUUAUUAAUUGAAGCUUGUGGACACCCCAUUUCAGAGCAUGAUCUUUGUGUCUUUCACUAUUUUGAUGGUAAACUGUUUCACUCUUUCUAUGAUCGGGCUGAAUGGAGGCGCAAUGCCAGAAAUUUGUGUGAUCAAGAAACAUCUCCCUUAUUUGAGAAGAUGAAGCAGAUAAUUAUUCCAGGACCUCUAGGAAGACAUUGA